AUGUUAUUCUCACCAAAAAAGGCAUUACAAAAAAUUGGACUACAUUUUGAAUUUUGUCAAUUAAAAAAGCGUGGGAGCAGUGUGAAGGAGAAGAGGCAAGAACGACCCCCGGACCAACCAAAGCCCACGCGCUGCUUCGUCCCACAUCCCGCCACCGCUGCUGCCACCAUGCCCAAGAGAAAGACUGAAGGGGAUGCUAAAGGAGAUAAAGCCAAGAUGAAGGAUGAACCACAGAGAAGAUCUGCGAGGUUGUCUGCUACACCUGCUCCUCCAAAGCCAGAGUCCAAGCCUAAAAAGGCCCCUGCAAAGAAGGGAGAGAAGGUACCCAAAGGGAAAAAGGGAAAAGCUGAUGCUGGCAAGGAGGGGGAAGGUGCUGGAGAUCCCAAGUGAAGUGUGUGCAUUUUUGAUAACUGUGUACUUCUGGUGACUGUACAGUUUGAAAUAUUCUUUAUCAAGUUUUAUAAAAAUGCAGAAUUUUGUUUUACUUUUUUUAAGCUAUGUUGUUAGCACACAGAACACUUCAUUGUUGUUUUUGGGGGAAGGAGUACAUGUCACUAAUAGAAUAUCUCUGAAGCUGGAUUGAUGUGGGGAAAACACCUUUCCCUUCUAGUUUUGAGAGAAUUCCUCUUGGCUCCCAGGAGGAGGGAUUCCCUGACUUUGACACACAUGGCCACCUUGGCACAAAAGCCUUGUGGUAUGGAAAAACAAAUUCGUUUUUAUGUCUUCUUUUCCCUUUCCAUCUCUCAGCAUAGACUUAAUCCCCUUAAGCCCAGACAUCUGUUGGGACCUGACCCCCAUUCAUUGGUUACCAGUGUGUCUGGCAAUCUGGACUUUCCAGUGAUGCCACUGAGAUGGCACCUGUCAAAAGAGCAGUGGUUCCAUUUCUAGAUUGUGGAUCUUCGGAUAAAUUCUGCCAUUUUCAUUUCACUUCCUGAAAGUCAGGGUUGGCUUGUGAAAAGUUGUUAAACAACAUGCUAAAUGUGAAAUGUCAACCCUCACUCUAAACUUUCACUGUUCAGAGCAUCAGAUAAGGACUUCAUUGGGUUUUAUAGUGGCUGAUUUUUGGUAGUCCAUUGAAGAAGAGAGUUUGAAAGUUGUAUACUGUUAAUGACUGUCUGCCCAUGUCCUGCCUGAAAUACCAUGAUUGUUUACGGAAAAUAUCUUUAAUAAAGCUGGAUACAGUUUGAAAGAAAAAAAAAA